AAUUCCCUCACUUUAAUUACAUUUCUUGCUGCAGUUGCACCGGCAUGAGCACCAUUAGGUACCAAUAAUCUGCUACUAAAGCACCUGAAGCUGCAAUCACAGAAACCUCAGCUCACUCUGGAAGAAGCCAACCAUCAGUGCCUCUGCCUGCACGUAGUGAGCUCACAUGGUUCAGCUUCCCGCAAUGAAGCGCGUGAAGGGGCGGGCCCCACUGUCAGUGGUGGUGGCGAUCAUCGGCGGGCUGGCUCUCGCGGGCAUCAUCUUUACAGAGGACCUCCGGGGUCUCACUGAGGUCAAGGAGAAGGUGACAGACAAGGAGAAGAAGAGAACGUCGCUGCGGACCGUGAUGAGGACGUCGGCGUUGCUCUCUGCUGAUCAGCCGCCGCCGCCAGCGGUGCUCUCGGUCGAACCAGCAACGGCAACGCCGCCGCCAGCGCCGAAGAUGGCGUUCAACGCGACCCGGUGCAGCGUGACGGAUGGGUACUGGGCGUACGACAGGUCCAAGAAACUGCCUUACACGGACCAGACGUGCCCAUACGUUGACAGGCAGGACUCUUGCCAGAGGAACGGCAGGCCGGACAGCGACUACCUAUACUGGGAUUGGCAUCUUGAUGACUGCCUUCUCCCGAGGUUUGACCCUGUGUCCAUGCUGGAGAAGCUGCGGGGGAAGCGGAUCAUGUUCGUGGGCGACUCGCUGCAGCUGGGCCAGUGGCUCUCCUUCGUCUGCCUCGUCAACUCCGCCGUCCCGGACACCCCGGGCGCCAAGUCCAUGGAGCGCAGCCGCACCCUCUCCGUCUACACCGUCAAAGAGUACAACGCGUCCAUCGAGUUCUACUGGGCGCCGUUCCUGGUGGAGUCCAACUCGGACCGGAACAUCGCGCUGGGCGCGGGCGGCCGCGUCCUGCACGUCGACGCCAUCGAGGAGCACGGCAAGCACUGGCGCCGCGCCGACAUCCUCGUCUUCGACAGCUACGUCUGGUGGAUGACCGGCUACAGGAUCAAAUCGGUGUGGGGAUCGUUCGGGGACGAUGGGUACGAGGAGCUGGACGCCUGGGUGGCGUACCGGCUGGGCCUCAAGACGUGGGCCAACUGGGUCGACUCCAACGUCGAUCCCGCCACCACCCGCGUCUUCUUCAUGUCCAUCUCCACCACGCACAUGAGGAGCGAGGACUGGGGAAGGGAAGGAGGAAUCAGGUGCUACAACGAGACGUGGCCGAUCACGCAGCGGGGCUACCGAGGCAGCGGCUCCGACCGUCGGAUGAUGGAGGUGAUGUCCGACGUGCUGGGCAGGAUGAGGACCCCCGUCACGCUGCUCAACAUCACCCAGCUCACGGAGCACCGCGUCGACGCCCACGUCUCCGUCUACACCGAGACCGGCGGCCUCCUCGUCACCGACGAGGAGAAGACCGAUCCGCAGCGCUACACCGACUGCAUCCACUGGUGCAUCCCCGGCGUGCCGGACACAUGGAACCGACUCCUCUACGCCCACUUGUAGCCUAGCCUCUCGGCUCUCACAAGUCACAAGCACGCAACGCAACGCAAGCCCACUAGUGACUAGUGGUAGCAGCUAGCGGACAAAGGAUACGGAUAAUGACAGCGAAAAAUGAGGAGAUAUAUUAAUUACGGUGUAUCGUUUCAAGGAUGA